AUGGAUCCCGGCCCGGCUCACAAGCGACGGCGGCCGGCAGUAGCAUGUACCGAAUGUCGUCGGCGCAAGAUCCGGUGCGAUCGUGCCUCUCCUUGCGGGCCUUGUAGCAAGGCCCAAUCGAGUCUGCGAUGCGUGUAUAGCACGAGUAGUAGCCCGAGGCAAAACCACGGCCAGUUAAACCUAGGCCCUGAACUUCCAGAGGAAAAUCUCCUCGACUUGGACUUCUUCGAUCUAGACUCGCAGACGCUCCAUGAUGGCAUCGACCUCAAUUGUCUCACGGGCCUCGACGGCGCCGAUUCGCCUCCAGCGCUAGGGAACCACCUCUAUAGCUCACAAUUCCACAACAACAAAGAGCCGCCCUGGAUGGGCACGAACCUUUCUUCCACCGAAACGUGCUGCUAUCAGAUGGGCUCGGAGCCGGUCCAGCAGCCGUCCUUGAGCGAAGGUUCAAGCGCCAGCUCGGAGGUUCAAUUUUUUGCGGAGCUCGGCGACAGUAACCAUGAGAGCCCCUGGUAUGAGCCAUUUACACGAUGUGAAAGCCUGCGCUUCAUCCUGCAAGGCCUGACCGGCCGGCCACAGGACCAUAAUUUCCUUAGACGGCCCGAGCAUGAGAUGGUGCGGCCUCUGAAAGAAAUGUUCGCAGGGCUGGACCGAGUGACGCGGGAUGAGCGAGAGAGCAGGGCUCUCGCUGUCGUUUUGCGGGCCAAUGCCCCCUCGAUAGGAUUCGCGGCCUGGGACCUGCUGCCGUCCCGCCAAGUAUGCGAUGCCCUCCUCGGCGCGUACAUCAAGACCUUCGAGUCGGUGCUACGCAUCCUACAUGUGCCCUCCUUUCUGGGCGAUUAUGAACGCAUCUGGAAGAGCCCCACGUCACGAUCCAUGGAUGCGGACAAUGUGUUUUUGUGUAAAUUGCUCGUGGCGAUUGCCCUCGGAUCGUGCGUCUGCGUUCACCCCUCGGUUUCCAUCUCCGUGGCCCCGGACCAAGUGAGCGGCUGGAUUGCUCAUGUCCGGCAGUGGUGUGCGAACAAGAUGGUCGUACAUUCGUCGGCGAACCUGGACAUGGCUCAGAUCGCGUGUCUUCUUGCGUGGGCACGACACACCCAGCAUCACUCCGCCUCCUCCACGGGCAGCACUUGGUUCCCCGUGGACCACGAUCUGACCCGAAUGGCUCUCCAAAUGGGCCUGCAUCGGGAGGUGCGUGCCCGUUCUCCAGCUAUGCCGGCCGAGGAGGUCGAGAUGCGCCGGCGGCUAUGGGCGACGAUGCUCGAGCUGUCACUGCAGCUGUGUUUUGACGAAGGCUUGCCCGCUCCGCUCGCAUCUGAGAGUUAUGACUGCGAGACGCCUUCUAGUAUCGCCGACGAGGACCUGACCAUGGGUGCUGUGUCCCCCGACCGCUCAAACUUCACGCCAUCGACGAUCCUCAUGCUCCUGGCGCGGACGCAGCGACUUCGCCUGCGAAUCCUGCACAUCGUCAACGCCCCGGGUGUGUCCAAAGAUUAUGACGAGGGCCAUCGGCUCGCAGCGGAGCUCAAUGCCGUAUGUGGUGCCAACAUGGACAUGCUGCGCUCCAUCAAAACCCCCAAACCCACCCGAUUCCAAACCAAGCUCUUGGAUCUCUUCACGCGGCCCUUUGUGCUGGCGCUCCACGAGCAGUUCCCUGACCAAGCCGUCACCAAGUCAAGCGACUACUACUCACGCCGGAUGCGCAUGGAGGCGGCGGCACAAAUUCUCGCAAAUCCAUUGCUCUCCGUGCCUACACUCGCGAAGCACCCCGUGUCAGACCUGGGCUUCGCAGAGGCUUUAAGCCGAAGUCCAAGUCCAAGCACCACGAGACCAUUUGCAGCCAAGUCCACCGCCCUGGAGCGGGAUGCCUACGCAGCGCUCUGCAUCCGAGGUCAUGGGCACUUCGCGCUGGUGCAGCGACAGGCCACGAUGGUGCUGUGUCUGGACCUGAUCAGUGAGCUGGAGGAGAAUGCAUUCCCGAUCACAGACGGCGCGUGCCGGCGACAGCUCCGCGAUGUCGUGCGGGGCGGCGUGCGCGUCUUCGAGCGCCGGGUGCGGGCCGCGGGUGGGACGCACUCGACGCGGGAAUUCCUGAUCUUUACCUGCGCCAGUACCUAUAUCGAUGCCAUGCUGCGGGGCUGCCAGGCGCGGGAGAUCGACGAGGCCGUGGUUGAGGCAGCACGAGCGGCGUUGGCGGUAUGCCACAAGGUGAUGGGGCGUCCUCCGAGCCAGCAGGGGGCACGGAGCGAGAGGUCCGGGGAGGGACGGAGCGAGGAGGAUGUGCAGCUGUGGAUGCUUGGUGACGGACAGCGAGGAUAA